GUGGCCGCCGCACGCGCCGGGACCAUUGAGCAGAGCACAUCGAAGGGGCAGACCCGCGUGGACGGCCGAGGAGAAAGGCAGAACUGGUGCUUUUUCCGGGCCUCCGUGCACGUUCCUGCUGCACAGCCGCUUGUGGCUACUGAAACUGGCCGGCUGCUGAAUAGCAGCGUCGUGAAGUACCGAGAGGACUGUGGCGGUUUCAUCCACGUGAAGCUCCAUCACGACCGCGUUGACCAUCGAGCCUGGGAUGCCGAAUUCCGGGCCAUGGCGCGCACGGCCGCUGCGGCGAGGGCUCUCCUGCAGGUGCCGACCCUGCGACCGGAGGAGGCUUCGGUUCAGGCGCAGGAGAUGCUCCGCACGGGCGCGCGGCCCGAGGCAGAACUACCACGUGUGGUCACCAGGGACGCCGAGGCCUCUGUGCAAGGUCAGCUGCAGCUCUUCAUGACGGAGGUGCCUUGCCUGUCUUGCAUCGGGGCCAUGGUUCAGUUUCGACGCCGCUUCCCGAACAUCGCCUUGCGGAUCCACUGGGAGGGAUUUCCAGAGAAUCCCUAA